AUGGUUGAGCUGUGCGAGCUUAAACAAUUUGUUGAAGAAGAUCAAUGGCCUGCUGAUAUUGAUACACGUAUUGCCAACCUUGAUUUUGGUGGCGAUAGCGUGCUGUUCGAAAGCUUCGACCCAUCUGUGAGUACGGAUUCUUUGGAUUCUGCUCAACUACGUGAGCAAUGUCGACCUCGUACAGAUGAUUAUCAGAUGGCCUUUGCCGAUUCUGGGCAUUGGCAGUCAGGCAUCGGUUCAGGUGGACCUGCACCUCUCACUACUUGGGGCAGGAUUCAUUCUACUGAACCAUUGGAUGAUAAAACAGCCUCAGCUCCUGAUAUAGGACCUUCUAUUCAUACUGGUCUCAACGGCACUGUCGGAAUCAAUUUAACUAGCAACAGUAUUCAUACACGGUUGAAUUCUCGACCCAGAGCUCGCCCCACAAGUUUACUUGCUAAUUUUGUGGAUAAUAGAAGAUCAGAUGCUGCUGCACGAUACGUUGAUAUUAAUGAUAACGAGAUAGUAAGUCCCGGAUUACAAAGAGCUGAUCGAUGGAGAGCACCUCGGGCUUCUACUGCUCCAGCGAAACCACGGAGAACUUUCGCUGAUCUCCAGAAGAAUAUUGCUCCAGAACUACACUUUUUAGCUCUCCCACAUAAGAUGCCUACAUUAUGUGAGUCUAGCUCCAUGUCAUUGAGUGAUGUUUUACUUAAAGUUCGUCGAGAGGGCAUUCCUUCUAUUACAUCAGAUAUUGAUUUACAUAUACCAAAUCUACUCCAGGAUGAUUCUCCCGAUUCUGGGUUUGCUUCCAGCGGACCAUCACACAUUGAAGACUGGUCAUCACUGUCUAUUUUACUACCAAAACACGUCGCUGAUGCUUGCUCUUUCUUCAAAUCGAACGCACAGUUGUUGUCUUCAGGACAUCCGUCGAACUGUAUCGAGAGAAGUAGACGAUCCGAACCAUGUACAACUUGUUUCCGAGUCCGGAGGAAAGUUCAUCCUCCAAAUUGGGCUCAAUCAGCAACUUCACGUCAUGUUCUAUGUGACUGCUCUAGUUCUGAACACUUGGAAUCUAAUGAAUUAAUGCCACGAAUCAGCCGACCAUCCACUUGUCCACAGUUACGGAGUAGAGAAUUGUCGAUUGUGGGACUACCUAUAUACUCUGUGAAAAGAACUCUAGUGGAGGCUGUUGUGGAUGCAGUGGCUGGGAUAGCUAGAGGGGAAGAUGCUUCCGGAUUAGUUCAUGCUAUGGAAGCUCUCGUAUCCGAUGGCUUAUCCUCUAAUGUAACACUUUGGGAUAUGAUUAAAACUGUUACGGCUCCUGGCCCUGCUACAAAGGAUGUUUAUUCAAUUGUGAAAGCAUUGGAUAACAGCGAGAAGUCCAAUAAUUCUCGUGUUGAAAUUUUCUUCGAAGAAUUAAUCAAAGAACAUUCACUUGACUGUUGGCUUAGUUAUGUUGUUCUGAAAGAAAAUGUUCUAAAAAAAUUAUAUGAAGAUGGUGCAUUCCUUUUAAGUUGUCCAUCAGCUUAUAGAUCUCUUCUCUGGCGCCUCAUUGACUGCUUAGCCAUAAUACCAGUUUUGGAAGCCAGAGAUCCUUUGCAAACACGAUCCAUGUGGUCUCGUCCAACGAGAAUUGUUGGAGAUAGUCGAGUACCGAAAAGUUCAUCAGUGCCUGCUCGGUUAUCAGUUCAGACCAUUUAUCGUGUGUCUAGAAUUCCAUUAGCAAAAAAUCGUCCAACAAUGACUAGAGCAGCUCCAGCUGAUAAUCUCAUUGAAGCAUCUCCGAUGGCAAGUAUUAUCGACGAUGCUGAAGGCGGAGCUGGUCAACUGUUCGUAUCUCGUGGGGAACAAGUAAGAGUUUUAUCAACCAGAGGAAAUAUGGCCAAAUGUUGUCGUGUAAAUCCACGGAGAAGUCACAUCACAACUGGAUCUGUUCCUGUUUCUAACCUCAUACUUCAAAAAUGA